AUGGAGAUGACCUCCGCUGGAUUCGACCUGGCGUGGUCCGAGCUGAAGUCGCGGUACGAUAAUCGGCGAGUCUUGCUCGCCUCUCACACGCGCGCUUUCCUCGGCAGUCCGGCGGUCACAAAACCGUCCCCGGCGGAGCUCAAGCGAUUAAGCAGUUCGGUGAUGCAGGUCAGAAGAUCGUUCGAGUCCCUAGGACGCCCGGUCGCUUACUGGGACAAUUGGUUCGUUCACGUCGUUGUUGAGAAAAUGGACCCAUCAUCGCGCCUCUUCUGGGAGGCCUCUCUGAAGACCACUACGGACUUCCCGACUCUCACGCAACUGCAGGAGUUUCUGCAGACGCGUAUCCGAUCCCUGGAGGCGACCAAUGUCAAGGCCAGCCCGCAACCGGCUGCUUCAGGUAAACCAGAGAAGAAAAAGGUGAGCGCAUUUGCUACCUCGACUGCGGGCAAGUCAGCGAAUCGCUGCAGCCUUUGUCAAGGCAACCACCUCUUCAAUUAUUGCCCGCGCUUCAAGGCGCUCUCGGUGCCGCAGCGACGGGACCACGCUAAGAAGCAGGGGGCAUGCUCUAACUGCCUUAAGCUGAAGUACGCAGUGAGCGACUGUCCGUCUGACCUCCGGUGCUUGCGCUGUGGUGACAAGCACCACACAUUGUUACAUAUUCCAGAUGCCUCCGCUGGCGACGCUGACUCUGCAGCCAAGGAAAAGGACGCUGGAUCCGGUGCGGUGGCGUCUUCUAGUUCGGCGGUGACAGCCAACGUAGCGGUUCUCACCAGCCAGUUCGGGGGUCAGGUUUUACUCUCGACGGCGCAACUGAUCUGCUCAGACACGGAGGGAAGAGAGAUCACAGUUCGAGCCCUGCUGGACUCGGGAUCGGGAGCCUCUUUCGUCACCGAUCGGGUUGCGCAGCGGCUCUGUUUGCCGAGGAGGCGCGUACGCGUUCCAAUGUCCGGCAUACAGGGACAAACCUCCAGCGUGGCCACCCAAUCGGUGGCGCUCACCAUCGGGUCACGGGAUCGCAGCGCGCGCCUGCAUCUGCCGUCAGCAUUGGUGCUGCCUCGUCUCACCUCGCUCCUCCCGGCGCGCAGAGGGCAGCGGCACCCUUGGCCGCACAUAGCUGGGUUGACGCUCGCCGAUCCGGACUAUGACCGGCCCGCCCCGGUGGAUGCUAUUCUCGGUGCCGAUGUGUACGGCGCCCUUCUUCGAGAGGGACUACGCGGCGCCCCUUCGGCCCAGGCUACAGGCCUGGGCUGGGUUCUCAUGGGUCAAGCCUCUACUUCAUCGGAAGUGCGCAAUCGAUCGGGCGUCUCUUCGUUCUACCUGUCCGCCUCCUGGGCCGAGGUGGAUCGCGCUCUUCAGCGGUUCUGGCAGCUUGAGGAACUACCGAAGGAACCUGCUGCCUCGCCGGAAAAUCUCCAUUGCGAGAAUCAGUUUGCCGCUACGCAUGCCCGCGACUCGCAGGGCAGGUAUUUAGUGCGGCUACCCAGACGCAACGAUCCAGGCGUUUGUCUGGGCUACAACCGCGGGGAGGCUCUCGGCAUGCUCACCAGUCUGGAGCGACGGCUGACACGCAACCCGACGCUGCGGGAGCAGUACGUGAGUUUUAUGGCUGAGUACCAACUGCUCGGUCACAUGGCAGUGAUUCCGGCUUCGGAGAUUCAUCGACCCGGCGUCUACUAUCUACCGCACCACGUAGUCUUUAAAGGAUCGGACUUGACCAGCAAGAUACGCGUGGUCUUCAACACGUCGUCCCGCACCGCCACUGGUUACUCGCUUAACGACUUGCUUCUUUCAGAACCAAAGUUGCAAUCCGAGCUCUGGGCGAUUCUGUCGCGCUGGCGCCUUUUCAGGUUCGUCUUUACGACGGACAUCGUAAAGAUGUUCCGUCAGAUUUUGGUACACCUAGAGGACACGGACUUGCAGCGCAUCCUGUGGCGAGCUGACCCCUUUCGGGAGGUGCAGGACUUCCGUCUCUUGACGGUCGUCUACGGCACCGCUUCGGCGCCGUAUCUCGCGCUGUGGACUCUUCUGCAGCUGGCCGAGGAUGAGGGAUCCAUAUUCCCCCUCGGUGCAGAGGCCCUAAGGUCGCACUCCUACGUCGACGACAUCCUGGCGGGUGGUCACACUCUCAAAGAAGCCAUGGAGACGAGGCGUCAGACAGAAGCAAUCCUUGCCGCUGGUCGAUUCGACUUGAGCAAGUGGGCAGCCAACAUACCCGAGCUGUGCCCUGUUGAGAAGUCCAACGACAAACUCUUCUAUGACCGAGACAGGAUCAGUACCCUGGGAGUUCUGUGGAGUCCUCCCGACGACAGCUUCGCCCUGCGGGUGGUCUCCACCUUAAACUCGGGCGUCUGCACUAAACGGACCGUUCUGUCGGACGUGGCUCGCUUCUUCGACCCUCUUGGCUGGGCCGCUCCAGUCCUGAUCUUUGGUAAGGUUUUUAUUCAGGAUCUGUGGAUGGCUGGACUUUCGUGGGACGACCCUCUGCCGGACCACUUGAGGACGGCGUGGACGACGUUCGCGCAAACUUUGCCUCAGUUGAACCAGCUGCGCAUUCCGCGCCACGUGGGCUUUCUUGGGCCGGGAAACGUGGUCAAGCUGCACGGCUUCUCCGACACCUCUAGACGUGUCUACGCGGCGACGGUCUACUUGCGGUGUGCAGACGCGGCCGGUGGCUUCACGGUCAGACUCUUGGUCGCCAAAACCAAGGUGGCUCCGAUCAAGCAGCCCUCGAUACCGCGUCUGGAGCUGUGUGGGACAGUUUUACUGGCUCGACUUGUACGCGCCACUGUGCGGGCCCUAAACAUGGAGGAUGUCCCAACCUACGCCUGGACAGACACCACGGCAGCGCUGGCGUGGAUUCGGUCCCAUCCGGCACGCUGGAAACCUUUUGUCGCUCACCGAGUGGCUGAGGUGCAAGACCUCGUACCACCGACGCGGUGGAGAUACGUGCCGACGAGGGACAACCCGGCUGACGCAGCAACGGGAGGCAUAUCCCCGGCGACGUUGGCGGACCUCCAUCUUUGGUGGACUGGACCGCCCUGGCUCUCUCACUCGGAGUACUCUGCUCCCGAACCGGGUCAUGUCGAUUGUGGCCCUGAGGAGGAGGAAAUCGGGCCGCGAGCGACGUUCGUCGCAAGGCCUGAACCUCGCAAUGAUGUACUUCAUCGAUAUUCCAGUUUCGCGCGAUUGCUUUGGGUCUCUGCUUUUUGCCUUAGGUUCCUUGACAAUGCACGGCACCCUUGGGGUAGGCGGACAGGAUUCCUCACAGCGGAGGAACUGAGCUUGGCUCGCAGACGGUGGGUGCGAAUCGCUCAGGCCGAGGACUUUUCCGAGGAGAUAGCCCGCUUCAGAAACAAGCGGCAGUGCCCGGCUGGGUCUCCCUUGCUGCCUCUCAGACCUGUCCUGGACUCGGAUGGGCUGCUGCGCGUGGGUGGACGCCUCCAGCAAGCGCUCCUCCCUUUCGCUGAGAAGCACCCGCUCAUCCUCGCCAGGGACAGCUACCUUUCACUCCUCCUGAUGCGAGAAGCCCAUGCAAAUUCGCUCCACGGAGGUCCUCACUUGACCCGAAGUCUCCUUCUGAGGCAAUACUGGAUCCUGCGAGCAAACUCGCUGGUUCGGUCGGUCAUCCACGCUUGCCUGCGUUGCGCCCGGUUUUGGGGCGUCGCAGCGGAGCAGCAGAUGGGUCAAUUGCCGGCUGAGCGCACGCGUCCCAGCCGCCCCUUCUCGGUCGCUGGUGUCGACUACGCUGGUCCUGUGCCCCUCCGCACCUCCAAGGGGCGCGGGCAUAAGUCCAUCAAGGGCUAUAUCUGUCUGUUUGUCUGUCUGUCGUCCAAAGCGCUCCACCUGAAGGCAGUGUCUGAUCUUUCCUCUGCUUCUUUUCUAGCAGCCUUUCGAAGGUUCGUGUCCCGCAGAGGCCCCUGCCAGCGUCUCCUAAGCGACAAUGGGACAAAUUUCAGAGGCGCCGACAAGGAACUCCGAAGCAUGUUCCGUGCAGCGUCUGCGUUCUACAAGGAGUGCGCAUCUCGCCUUGCGAAUGACGGCACGGAGUGGGCCUUUAUUCCUCCUGAAGCUCCUCACUUCGGUGGACUUUGGGAGGCCGGCGUCAAGACGGUCAAGUACCACCUAAGACGAGUCGUCGGAGACGCCUGUCUCACCUUCGAAGAGAUGACGACCUUGGCGCAGAUCGAGGCAUGCCUCAACUCCAGGCCGUUGUACGCGCCCAGCAACAACUCUUCGGACCUCGUAGCCAUCACUCCAGGUCAUCUUUUGGUCGGGGAACCCUUGACGGCCUUACCGGAACCCGGGUCUGCCGAACAGUCUUCUGGACGCUUUGCGACGCGCUGGGCGUUGACUACGGCCAUGCGUGACCAUUUCUGGCGCAGAUGGUCGAGCGAGUACGUUCACCAUCUGCAACAGCUAAAACGCUGGAGGCGACCGGCUCCUAAUCUGUCUGUAGACGACCUGGUUCUUCUCAAAAGCGAGCUGCUGCCCCCGACGAAGUGGGCUCUCGCUCGUGUUGUAGCGCUCCAUCCGGGGCCCGACGGUCUCGUCAGAGUCGCUACGAUCAAGACCGCGACAUCUACCCUAAAACGACCGAUUACAAAGCUUGUCCCUCUGCCCGUGGGCGAGGACGCUCCUAGGGAUUGA